GCUGCGCCUGAGCGAGUGUGCUUGCGUCCUCGCCUCAUGGGUCUCGCAUCUUUCGGGGCUAGAUGGCGGGCCGCUGUGCGCGGGUGCUUCAGGCCGUGGACACCGAGUUCACCGCGGACAGCGUGGAGUGGUGCCCGCUGGAGGGCUGCCGACACUUGCUAGCCUGUGGCACCUACCAGCUGCGCAGGCCGGAUGCCGCGUCCGGGUCCAAGGGUGGACUGGAGGUUGAGGAGCCUCACGUCCGUUUAGGUCGUCUCUACCUGUACAGUUUCAAUGAGGACAACUCUACUUCCUCUCUGGCUGAGGUCCAAAGAAGAGAUACUGCUGCAAUCCUGGACAUGAAAUGGUGCCACAUCCCAGUGGCCGGCUCAGCGCUCUUGGGCUUGGCAGAUGCCAGUGGAUCUAUACAGUUGCUCCGCCUGGGGGUAUCUGAGAAGAGCAGCAGCCUGUUGCAGCCAGUGUCCAGUGUCAUCCUGGAGGAGCAGUGCCUGGCGUUGUCCCUGGAUUGGUCCACUGGGAAAUCCGGAAGGGCCAGUGACCAGCCCUUGAAAAUCAUCAGCAGCAACUCCAAGGGGCAGCUGCACUUCCUGAAGGUGAAUGAAUCGGGGCCUGGGCUACAGCACGUCGCCUCCUGGCAGGCCCAUCACUUUGAGGCCUGGAUCGCUGCUUUCAAUUACUGGCAGACAGAAGUGGUAUAUUCAGGAGGGGAUGAUGGCCUUCUCAAAGGCUGGGACACCAGGAUGCCUGCUGUGUCCAUCCUCACCAGCAAUAGACACUCCAUGGGUGUGUGUAGCAUCCAGAGCAGUCCCCAUCGGGAGCACAUCCUGGCCACAGGAAGCUAUGAUGAGCACGUGUUGCUGUGGGACACACGGAGCAUGAAGCAGCCGUGGGCAGACGUGCCUGUGCAGGGUGGCGUGUGGAGGCUCAAGUGGCACCCGUUCCACCACCACCUGCUCUUGGUGGCCUGCAUGCACAGUGGCUUCAGGAUCCUGAGUUGCCAGAAGACCACAGUCCUGGGGAUGGGACCUAGAGCCUCCUGUGCAUACUGGGCCAGCGCUUUCCUGCUGAGCCCCCACUGCAGCCCAGCCAUUUUAAAUGCACAUUGCAUAGCCAUGGCCACUGCUCAUCUUGUGACUCCCACCAGCUGCUCUCUGCUUGUCUGAUUGCCUGCUGUAGGUACUUGACACAGUGGGGUCAGAAGGAUCAGGCCUUUCAUAAACUCUUUCACUUGGCUUCUGAACUUUUCUGGAUUCAUCCUUUGCAUCAGGAGCCAGAACUUCCUAAAGGCUGUUCACACAUUUGUCUGCUGACAGACAUGUGGGUGGUUUCUACCUUGCCACUGUGUUGAGUUUUUUUCUUAAUCCUUCAAGCUGAAUGAUUUCACUAGGGGUCUGUCUCAGACUUCAGUAUUCCAGGUUGAUUUUGUCAUUACGUUGUUGGCUGUUCUGGGAGGUGUUUGUGGUUCACAGUUUUGAAUGUUAACUGUUUCAUUAUUUCCUGCCUGUUGGAGCCCCCUUUUCUGGACAUGAAUGCUUAGUGAAUUUAGAUUGCAGAGCACUCUCACCACACUGGUCCCUCCCCUGCACUGUUCUUGGUGGCACUUGCCCCUAAAGGGUGUCUCUGUCCAUUCCUUUACUAGCUCUCUGAGGGCACAGCUUAUUCUGAAUCUGUAGAAGGUGAUUUUGCCAGGAACUGGUGCUAUGUUUGCUGGAUGAGGACUGUUGGGGUGGGGGUCCUUACUGCCCAGGGGAGGUCUCUGGGACAGCCUCCUGGGAGUGUCCUCCCCAGGGUCAGCCCAUAUCAUUGCCCAAGGGCCCUGCCACUGUGUUUGCUCUCUGGAGCCACCUCUGCCCUGUGAAGUCCCUGGGCUGUAGUGUCGUCCUGGCCUUCCUUCAGUGUUCAUUAUGCUUCUGGAGCACAUCACUGUGCACUAUAACUCCCUGUACAUCAAAGGUAGUGGCAAUGGCACUUCUGAGUUGUGACUUAACAUCUAAGCUGACUAGAAGCCUGAGUGAUGGCUGGCAGUUUUCCCAGUGGGCACCUUAGCUCCAUUCUUCAGGUUCUUGCAGCUGCUCUUAUUAGUGUGGCCUUCUUCUGGGCUGUGGACCUGUUCCCAUUUGGCCACACUUCCUUCCUUUCUCUAGAGGUAAUCCUCUUCCAUGCCACCAUGGCUGUGCACUGUGGGAACACUGUUGGCCUCUUUCCAGCCCUGCCCCACCCUCCAAGCUGCCCUAGGAACAGCUUGGAAGGAAACCAUAAAUAAACUUCAUAUGGACCUUCCUAGGGAAUGCACAGUCUGCUUGCUCUGGAGCCUUUGGCCAUAAGUUACCACUAGCAAUAGUGCAGCCAGGGCCCUUCACUUGCAGUUCCUUGCACAUGCCGUGGCCUUUCUGGCCUCUGUACCCAGCACACAGUCCCCUUUGCGUCGUCUCCUCCCAUCUGGUUGGCUCAUUUUUCCUUUAACCUUUGCUUUUCAUUACCCCCCCCCACCCCGUGUUGGGGACCCAACCCAGGGGUGUUACCACUGAGCUACACCCCCA